UAGGGGUUGGGCGACGAUGGAGGUGUGGCAGUCGCUUUGGGAGGCGCAAUUGGGGGAUGCUGUGGUUUUUGGAGUUCGAUUUGGAGGACAUUUGAUCGUCGAAGUCGUACUUGCUGUGGUGAUCGUAUUCCUUCUUUUCCAAAAGAGCUAUCAGCCGGCAAGCAGGCCAUUGUCGGAGAAAGAAAUCGACCAACUUGUGGAAGAAUGGACUCCAGAGCCUUUGCAUCCGCCAGUUACCAAAGAGAUGACACCGCCAUAUCCGGUUCUAGAGAGUGCAGCAGGUCCAACUGUGCAAAUAAAUGGCAGGAAAGUUAUAAAUCUCUCCACAGCCAACUAUCUGGGAUUCGUUGGCGAUGAAAGGAUCAAGGAAUCCUGCAACGCUACUUUGCUGAAGUAUGGCGUUGGAGCAUGCGGUCCGCGUGGUUUUUAUGGCACCAUUGAUGUGCACCUAGACUUGGAGACAAAAAUUUCCAGUUUCUUAGGAACGUCCGAGUCAAUUCUUUACUCCUAUGGCCUCGCAACUGCUGCGAGUUGUAUUCCUGCGUUUUGCAAGCGCGGGGAUAUAAUUAUAGCUGACGACGGUGUGAGCUGGGGGAUCCAGAAUGGCCUGCAUCUUUCUCGAAGCACCAUCAAGUAUUUCAGACACAAUGAUAUGGGGUCCCUGGAAACCCGUUUGAAAGAAGUUCGAAAAGAAGACGAGCGAAAGAAGAAGCCCUUGAAUCGUCGUUUCAUCGUUGUGGAGGCUAUUUACCAAAACUCGGGUAAAGUGGCACCGUUGGGCGAGAUUGUACGCCUGAAGGAGAAGUAUCUCUUCCGGUUACUCGUUGAUGAAAGUAACUCUAUUGGAGUGCUUGGAAAAUCAGGACGAGGCAUUUCUGAGCAUUUCAACAUUCCGAUUGAAAAGAUCGAUAUUAUAACAGCUGCGAUGGGCACGGCAUUCGCUUCGGCCGGGGGAUUCUGUACUGGCAGUGCAAAAGUUGUCGAUCAUCAGCGCCUUAGCGGAGCAGGGUACUGCUUCUCGGCGUCAUUACCACCGUUCCUCGCGACCGCGUCCAUUUCAGCCAUAGAGCUGCUCGAGGACGAUCCAAGUGUCCUCGCCAGACUACAUAACAACAUCGCUCUUUUCCACAAGUGCUUGUCGGACGUCUCCGGCAUAAGGAUAGGCAGCGACACACGCUCCCCGGUUGUUCUUCUCCACUUGAGACCCUCGCUAGGAUCGUUUCACGCGGACGCUGCCUAUUUACAAGCCAUCGUGGACGAGAUGUUAGAGCACUCGGUCCUUAUGUCCGUCCAGAAACGCACUGCUUUGGAUAACUGCGCGCUCCCUGCUGGUAUCCGAGUGUGCAUCUCGGCUGGGCACACCGAGUCGGAUAUAAUUUCUGCGACUGCGGUAUUGAAGAAAGUUAUGACCUCAAAGAAACAAUAAUCAAAUAACCAACUGACAUGGUAAACUUUGCAAGUAUCACUGCAAAAGCCAAAAUUUGUAUUGACUAUCUAGUCAAUGUGGUCAGCAGACGUUUGCUUUGUCGCAACGCCAUUUUGCGAGACAUCUCUAAAUGGGCAAGAAAACACGAAGGCAUAAAGAACUUGAAUAAAACAAUUUCCCGUUAACCAAAA